AUGCCCACAGGGAACGACAGCAGACUCGAGACAGCACAUCCUCGAGGAACGGUGGGCCCCUCUAGUUGCGAGUACAUAUGCAAUGGAGGCCUUCAUUACGAUGGGCGAGGCGAGCCUUUUUUGUCAAGUGAUCGUCAAGAUGGUGAUCUAAAUGAACUUUUCAAGCGCUCCGGAAAUCUUGCUUCUGAGGGUUUCAUCUCCAUAAGGAAGAGCUCGUCCGCUGGCCAAUACUAUGUGAGAGUGAGUCGGAGACAAGAUGUACGGUGGAAGCGUACUGCUGGGACACCAGCUACGAGUGGUAGAAAACGUAGAACAGGCCUGUGGAUAUGUCACGGUGGCCUGCCGCGGAGAAAAUACCAUGAUGGUGGCAUCUCACUUGUCGCAUCCUGGCCGUUGCACCGUGACUGGUCAGCCAUUAAGGUCGCAGGCCUAGGAGUCAUGACCUACGUACUAGAUGAGCCUGGUCUGUCCAACCAGCAGACCGCGAUGGAAUGGUUCAGUGUACUUGAAGAGGAGGGAAAACCAAAGAAAACGGAAGUUGAGUACUAA